UGAGCCUGUUGGUGUGGCAGACAGGAACGUGAUACCGGACGCAAGAAUGACAGCGAGUACCUCCACCAAAACUAAAAAUGAAUAUCCAUACUAUGGCCGAUUGCAUGAAACUAGAGGACAUGGUGUGUGGUGUCCUGCGACUACAUCUGACAAAACAGACUUUCUUCAAGUUGAUAUGGGUACAGAGCACUCUGUUUGCGCCGUAGCGACACGAGGACAUGAAUGGGGUGCUCGAGUCACCAGUUACAAACUACGUCUUUCUGCAGACGGAGUAAUCUGGAUAACUUACAAGGAAAUAAACAUUGAAAAGGUGUUUGUAGGAAAUUCCGACGGAAGAAGUGUUGUGAAAAAUUCAAUGGGUACUGACGUCAAAGCCAGAUAUGUUCGGUUUUAUCCUGUUACAUUUAACCACUGGCCAUGUACGAGUGUUGAAAUAUAUGUGAGGAAAUGAUGGACCAAACAAGUUUACUUAUCUAACAGCUCAAUACAUGGCAGAAUACGAUCAGAAUAACAAGAAAACAAUAGCAAAAAAUGACCAAAAUGAUUUUAGAAUUGACAGUGAUAACGAUGGUGAUGAUUAUGAUAAUAAUAUUAAUUGACGAAGAUAACGAUUAUGAGUCUAGGCUGGGAUACAAACAAAGCUCUGAUUCCAGGCAGAUAGUCAAUAAACGAGCGAACAAACUUUCUGUAUUUAACACAAUUACACAGUUAAACAGAAUCCAUAUUUAUCUAGUAUAAUGUUCACUUACCAUUGGUGGUUUCUGGCGUGGUCUCUAGAUACAUAUGAUUCAUCUUUCCUUCCAGACAAGUCGAUAGCUUGUGGAAAGAACUUUGUCAGAGAAAGUGGAAUCGAAAUUCCUGAAGCAUGACAAAAAUAACCAAACAAAGAAUAACAAUAACCAGAGAAACCGGCCAAUCGCUUUAGUCGUUUUCGUACGCUUGUUAGUUUUGUUUGUGUGUUUGUUUGACUGUUUUAAAGUUCUAUGCCAAGAAAAAGAACAUCUAACAGGAUUUCAAAUAGAUCAUGCAUUUUUUUCCCGAAAUCACUGGUGCUGAUUAUUCUUGCGUAAAAAGAUUUAAUGCAACGAACUAAAGCCAAGGACAAUACAUAAGCUACACUCCUAGACACAAUUUUGAGACACUAACUGCGCAUGCCUCGUUCCUGAGCCCCUCUCAAUGUUGAUCUGCUAAAUGGCAUGGAUACAUAAACAGUUAACAAGGA